AAAGCUCUAAAAACUGACAUAAAUUGUAUAGGGAUUUUGAAAAAGCAGUGCACGUUUCUUCCCAGGGGCAAACAUGGACGUUAACUGUAAAUCGAUCACGAAACAGGUGGAUCUUUCAUUAAAGCUAGCGAAGCACGUCUUCUCUACAGAGGCCACCGGAGAUUCCAACCUAGUUUUCUCUCCUCUCUCCCUUAACGUCAUCUUGAGUCUCAUCGCCGCCGGCUCCAAUUCCUCAAGUCGCGACCAACUCCUCGCUUUUCUCAACUCGGACUCCAUCGACGAUCUCAACACAUUUUACUCUCAGAUCGUCGGCAAUAUACUCGCAGACGGCGGCCUUACCGGCGGCCCAAGCUUGUCGGUGGCCAACGGUUUGUGGAUCGACCGCACUCUGCCGUUAAAGCCUUCAUUCAAGCAUGUGGUGGAGAGUGUUUACAAGGCCGCUUCUGAAUCGGUUGAUUUUCAAAACAAGGCAAGUGAAGUGGUUGAUGAAGUGAAUUCGUGGACUGAGAAAGAAACUAAAGGUCUUAUCAACCACAUACUUAAUGCCGGUGAUGUUGACAAUAAUACCAAGCUCAUUUUUGCAAGUGCACUGUAUUUUAAUGGAGCUUGGACUAAAAAGUUUGAUGAAUCGAUGACGAAGGAUCACGAGUUUCACCUCCUUAAUGGAAGCUCUGUACAAGUCCCCUUCAUGAGCAACUGUGUGAAGCAGUGUGUGAAAGCAUUCAGUGGUUUCAAAGUCUUACAACUAAUUUAUAGAGGCUAUGAUUAUAACGACCCUAGACGACGUUGUUUCGCCAUGUACUUGUUUCUGCCGGAUGCCAUGGAUGGACUGCCAUCUUUGCUGGAUAAAGCGAGCUCUGAAUCUGGGUUUCUAGAGCGCCACCUCCCUACCCAUAUGGUUUCAAUGGGCAAAUUUCGGAUCCCAAAGUUCCAAAUAUCUUUCCAGUUUGAAGCUUCAAGAGCUAUGGAGGAGCUUGGGGUGGUGGCGCCGUUCAACUUCAUGGGAGGCACUCUCACUGAGAUGGUGGAUUCACCUGAGAUUUCCGAUGUCUAUGUUUCAAAAAUCAUGCAGAAAUCAUUUAUUGAGGUUAAUGAGGGAGGAACAGAAGCCGCAGCUGUUUCAGUUGCUAUAGUGCCGCCGUGUGGAUCAUGUGGCAUGUUCAUGAAAGAAGAUACAAUAGACUUUGUGGCUGACCAUCCCUUCCUGUUUGCCAUUCGAGAAGAAUUGAGUGGUGUCAUUCUCUUCGUUGGGACUGUGCUUCAUCCCCAUUAUGACUUAAAAAAACUGUCUUCAAAGAUCACACACGCCCCGCCGCCCAGGUCUUUCGAGUCGGAGAAUGAAGAGUUCUUGAAGUUAUUAAUUCAACAUUUUGAGAACCAUCCAAAUCUCAAGGGCUCGCUGGCCAAUAAUGAAAGGAAGGGUGUUUGAACUCCGAUCUAUUUAAAACUCCAAGAGUUAGGGAUCAAUGAAUUGACUACUUUUUU